AUUAUAUAUAACCCUCCACUGCCCUCUAUUUCUCUGCUUUCUUGGCCGGAAACGAAACCAUGACUUUACAUUUGCAAUCCAACUCCUACCCUCCUCCGUUUCGCAGACACAGCCCGGUUCCACAACCGCAGCCAUCCUACGUUUCCGGCUCACCCGCACGCAAGCUCGAUGAUGAUUCUGGAACAGACCCAAUUCCGGUCGUUGACCUAGGCUCCCUUGACCAGGGAGAGCUGCGAGAAGCCUGCCGAGGGUGGGGGCUGUUCCGGCUGGUGAACCAUGGAGUCCCGCAGACCCUGUUGACCAUGCUGCAGGAGCACGUCGGGAGGCUCUUCUCACUGCCCUUCGAGGCCAAGCAGCAGGGGCUCUUCGGGAGCCCACUGUCCUACUUCUGGGGCACCCCUGCCCUUACCCCUUCCGGGUCAGCCCUCGGGAUGGGCCCCGGGCAAGAUAGGAUAAACUGGGUCGAAGGGUUGAACGCUCCUUUGGGUCAACUCUCGCAGUUGAGGGCUCAUGACCCACUCCUUGCUUCUUUCCGGGACCUGCUGCAAGAAUAUGGAGCUCACUUGGGGAGAAUAGCUACAUCCUUGUUUCCCGCCAUGGCCGAGGACCUCGGGCUUGACCAAGAGCAAAAGGACAGUUAUCUAUCGGAAUCGACGGGAUUCGUUCGAGUCUACCGCUACCCUUGUUGCCCAACCGGAAGUGGCAACAACAACUGGGGAAUGGAUGUUCACACGGACAGCUCCGUCCUCACCAUUCUGUGUCAAGACCUUGUCGGCGGGCUGGAGGUCUCGAGAGAAGGCGAGUGGAUCCGAGUCAGGCCGAUUCCUGGCACACUCAUCGUCAACCUCGGGGACAUGAUGCAGGCUAUAAGCAAUGACGAGUACAAGAGCGCGAUACACAGGGUGAGAAUCAGUGAGCGCCACGACCGCAUCUCGAUCGGCUACUUCGUGUUCCCGGGCGAGGGGGUCGUUAUUCGGAGCUCAAACUAUCAGCCAUUCAAGUACAGUGAAUUCCGGGCACAGGUGCAAAUGGACGUGAAGAUGCUAGGCUUCAAGGUUGGGCUUGAGAGGUUCAAAAUCAAGCCAAAUUCCGACGAUAACAAUAAUAAUAAUAAUAAUAAUAAUAAUAACAGCAAAGGGAUCAGCAGCCAUUUUCAGGGCUGAGGCUGUAUUUGUUUCUCUUUUGGGCUCAGUGGUUCUCCCUUCCAUCUGAGAUCCAUGUAAAGACCCACGACUGACUAAACAAAAAUUUGGAUGGAUCAACCAAUCCAUACAAACCUUUUGUAAACUGAAUUAAUCAGAUCAAUAAAUUUGCUAAGUAAUGAAUUAUAA